GAUUGAUAAAAUAAUUUCCCUGAACGAACGCAUGCUGUUUUUAAAAGUGCACGAAUAAAUUUAAUACUUUUUUUUAGUACAAAAAUAACAAAAUAGCUAAUAAGCAUAAAAAUGUCACGUUCCGUCCGCGCCGAAACUAGGAACAGAGUAAAAGACGACAUCAAAAGAGUCAUGCAAGCUGUUGAAAAAGUUCGCCAUUGGGAGAAAAAAUGGGUUACGAUAGGUGAAACCACAAUGAAAAUUUACAAAUGGGUUCCUAUAUCAACUAAUGAACAGAAGAAGAAACAUGCCGCAAGAAGGGAAAAUAAAGAAAAUGCUCUGACUCCAAAAAAGAUUCAUGACUCUUCGAAUUCUAAUUUUGGGAUGGCGGAAGACUCCAAUACAUGUUUUUCAACAGUCAGUGACUCACAGGGGCCCACCGAGUUCACUUCUACAUCAAUGAACUUCUCAGAAGACUCCAACUCGCAAAGUAGUGGUACAACGACACCCGCUAAACGGUUAAAAACUGAUUGAAGUUUAGUGUAGUAGAUUAAUAAUAUGAAUAAGUGUGUUAUGAAGAAAUUUAUAAAUUAACCUUUGGGUAUGUCGAAAUGUGAAUUACUCAAAUACCAGAAAGUGGAAAUGUUUCUAACUGUAGUUAAAAGCUUGAAAUAUAGACAACAUAAUUUUCACCACGAUAAAGCUACAUAAUACCAACAAUUCUGUUAUGAAAGAUAUGCAUCAAAGGUAAGCAACCUUUUGUAUCAGCAUUUAGCCUAAAUAUGAUUGAUUCUGUCCCUCAACAAAUAAAAAUCUGAGAAACGACACCCUUUUAAAGGACAUACAUUUCCCAAAAUGUAUACACAUUGGAUUUUCCAGAGACAUCUAUAGAUGAGAUGAAUACCUUAGCUCCCCGGUGGUGUCAUGCGGGGUCCAUAAUAUUAGGGAGCAAGGGACAUAGAGCAAGACCAUUCUUGAUAGUUUCUGGUGUUCAACAUUAAUUCAAUCUAUGACAUAAUGAAGCUUAAUAAGAUAUUGUUAAAGCCCAAUAAUCUAUAAGAAGUUGCAUAAUUUAUUUGAGAUUGUCGAAAUUUUGCUACAUAUAUUUUUCUUAAACAGCCUAAGGACGUAAAGACAAGAUAAAGUAAUUCCAUUAUUUUUUCACUCUAUGCAUUAUAUUGUAAAGUAAUUCUAGCAGAGUUAUAACGUAACAAAAUAAAAGAUUGUUGAAUUUAAAUGUUUUAGGCACGUGUGGUUCUGAACAUUGACAAACUAUGCUAAAAGCAAAACAUUGACAUGGCCUUGAACUGGUGCCAUGUUAUUUUAUUUCAAAUUUAAUUAUAAUUUAUAUUUGUAAUGUGUUCAAAAUUCAAGAGAGCCGAGUCCAUGCUAAAUACAAGAGAUGUUUCUGCUGUGUUUGGUAGUCUGCAUUUGAAUUUGUUUAUGACUUAACAACAAAGCGAAGACCUUCCACCGGGCGGGUGUUGCUAGGUAGACCGACAAACUGAAUGUUGUUGUUCAGAACUUAUAUACAUGCAAACUUAUCUUGAAAAUGUCAUAAAUGAGAUUCAGGCAUCUGACAAAUAUCUUGUGUUAUGGCUACCCGCCACAUGUUACCGAAGUGAUGAUAGCUUAAACAAUCAAUUGAAAGUUUCAAUACACAUUUAAUAUUUGAACAGAGUAUAUUGUUGAUUUAUAAAUACUCAUAACGCAAGAAGUAUGCUGUCUUUGAACUGAACCAACAUCUAUUUGAGAACACAUUUUUAUGUUCCAACAUGUCGUCUUCUUGCAUUAAAACUGUAUAAUCUCAAAAUUUACUAAUUUACAGGAGAGUGUUUUAAAGGUUUAAAGGUUGUGAUAUUUUUAACAUUAAUCA